CGCAGUCUGAUAACUGGUGUUUGUGUGGGAGUGUUUUAUUUCCUUUGCGUUCGGAGCAAUAUAUUGUCAUUUCAUUACAAAAUUGUAUGUUUAGAGUGUGAAUUUCAAUAAAAUAAAGAAAAUUUAUUUGGAGCCACGUGAAUCUGCUUGCUUAGCAACCAUUUCACUGAAACCAAAGGAGAAAUCGCAUCGAAUAUAAUUUCCUUACGAGAAAUCAGACUGAUACUCGCAAUUUGCAGAGUUUAAGAAAAAUUAACUUUAUUUUUAAAGCUGUGUGACCGAUGUCUGAUGAAGCGAUUCCUGGCGAUUACACGCGGGAUCGAAUAAAGGACCUUUUCAGAGAGAAGAAAAAAUACACCUAUGAUCAAACGACAAUUGAAAAUGCUAUUGCCAGCAUUCGGAGGGACAAAAUCUCGAUUAGAAGGGCUUCUGUUAUUCACGGAGUUCCUCGAACUACUCUCACCGAUGUCCUGAAUGGAAAAAUUCGUAAGCGAAGAAAAGGUCCUGCUCCAGCUUUAACUGAUAAUGAAGAGACCCUGUUGUCUGAAUGGUGCAAGGAUUUAUAUAAAGCCGGAUUCCCAUUAAAGACUGACUUUCUCCUAGACUCUGCAAAAGAAAUGCUCGAGAAGGAUCCUAAAAGAAAGACUCCAUUUGUGAACAACCGACCAGGAAGAAAUUGGUUCCAACUUUUUCUCAAGCGCCAUCCACAGAUCUGUCCGUUGAACACGGAAUGCAAGAGCCUUGUAAAGGGCGAAAGGCCAGCUAAAUUAAAAAAAUGGUUUCAACAUCUGGAGAACUACUUGAUAGAGAAGAAAUUUUCAAACAUUCUUCAAGAUCCUCGGCGCAUUUUGAGUUUCAGUUUGGCGACUUUCGACAUUUGUUUGGCAACAAACAAUGUCAUUCCUCCCCAAGAUUGGACAUCUAGGGAAGAUAUGGCAAUACGUGAUAAAAAGGAAUGCGCGACUACUUUAAUAGCAUAUUCUGCUAGCGGGGAAAUCAUUUUACCGAUGAUGAUCUUCGGUAAAUCGCAGCCGGCAGAAAUCUGUCAAGGCCUUCCAGCUGAUUGGCUUUUAGGGAAAUCCGAUACAGGAUUGGAAACCUAUGAUACAUUUAAGCAAUUUCUCAGCGGGCUUAAUGAUUGUCUUGCAAAGAAAGGCAUACAAAAGCCGAUUAUCUUAUUCGCAGAUGCAAAUCUGACUUUUCUGCCGAUCUCGAUUACAGAUUUCUGCAAUCAGAAAGGAAUAUUCCUCUUUGCUCUUCUACCCGACAAAUCUCAGUUGAAUUUCUUCGAGCCAUUUGAAGGACACUGGAGAGUUGUUGAAAGAAGAUUGAAAGCUCAGGCUGAGCUCCUGGAUAAAAAUAUUAAAAUCUCGUCGCUUGUGCCUAUUUUGCAGGAACAACUAGAAGCCAAAUCUUUUCUGAAAGAUAUUUGCGAAAUAUUUCGGCUUAGUGGAUUAUAUCCUUACAAUCCUUGUUGUGCUGAUUUUUUUCAAUACAAUACGGGAGAAUUUGUAGAAGUGUAUGUGGAACCAGAAAAAGAGGAAUUCAAGCUGGACGAAGAGAAUCUCUUGGUGGCAGAAAAUGUGAUAAAAAAGCUCUCCCCGCGAUUGAGGCUCAGGGAUUUAAAUGUCGAGAUGAUUUUAGAGGAGAUUGAAAAGGCUAAAACGCGACAAGGAGAAGAAGAAUCUGUGAUUGAUUUUCCAUUUGUUGAUAUGAAAACUGUUAAAGCCGAAGAGGGUUCAAAUUCAGACGAUAGCUUAGAUGCCGUUGAUGUGCUUUUUGAAGAUAGUGAUGAUGCUUUGAGAGAUGAUAAUUAGAGAAUUUUUUAGUCCACAGAGACAGCGAAGAAGACAAUCCCAACAUCCCCUUUGAAUUCAACGCAGAGAACAAAAAACGUAUCGAUGCUUUGAUGAAGAUUUACCCUGAGGGGCACAAACGAGGUGCCAUGAUUCCUCUCUUAGAUAUAGC